GGGCACAUAAGCUCGGCGACGCGCAUCCAAGUGGCAACUACCUAGUGAAAAGUCGAAAAAGUGCAAUACCAAGUCCUGAAAUCAAAAGUGUUUUUAAAAAGUGAAUUUCAAGUUCAAAAAAUAUUAUUCAGUUGCCAUAGCUAAGAGAGAAAUUCCAACAAUUCAAACAAAAUGGUCAAUCAGAGCAAACCCAAAAUGGCCCUGUCCAAGAUCGACUCCGAGAUUGAGCAGGUUGACCAGGAGAAGUACCUGCGUCAGGCCACCAGCUACUAUCAGGCGCUGGAGAAACCCCUGAAAUACGGACCGGAGGUGAAUUCCCUAUCGGACUUGGUGGCCGCCCUUCACCGGGAAUUCGAGUCCAAUUAUGUUAACAUCGAGAUGGUAAAUCACCUUAUGCUCAGCUACAAGUCCAAUCCGCGGGAGUGGCGCAAAUAUGCCAAGUUCGAUCGUUACACCUACACGCGGAACCUCGUGGAUGCUGGCAAUGGAAAGUUCAAUCUGCUGAUUCUGUGCUGGGGCGAAGGACACGGCUCCUCGGUGCACGACCAUGCCGAUUCCCAUUGCUUUAUGAAGAUGCUGAAGGGUGAUCUGCGCGAGAAGCGCUAUGAGUAUCCCAAUAGAUCUGCCAGGGACAACGGCCGGUCCCAUCAUCCCGAUGGCGAGAUCGAUAGCCGAGAGCUGGUGGAGAUUGGGGAGACACCAAUCGCCGUCAAUGAUGUGGCCUACAUAAAUGACAAUCUGGGCCUUCAUCGCGUGGAGAACCCCAGCCAUUCGGACACCUCCGUCUCCCUUCACCUUUACUGUCCACCCUUCGACACGUGCUCCGUAUUCCAGGACAACCUGAAGAAGACCACCGCCAAGGUCACCUUCUGGAGCAAGUACGGCGUGAGGACGAAGCAGAACGAGCAGUAGAUCCAUCAAGAUCCUCAAAAUAUAGCCUCUCGUAUUGUUGCAUAUUACUAAGAAUCUUUAUUACUAGAUAUUUAAUGAGCUAGGGCCUAAGAAGAUCCGGGAGCUGAGCUAUCAAAUAUGGCGAGCAAGGGCCACGUUGGCGCUGAUAACUUCUCAUUCCAUUCCAUUGGCUAUCCCGGAUCACAGUUGCGAUUAGUGUACUUUAAGUGUUAGCUGUACCAAAAAUAUUCAAUAAAUAAGUGAACCAUUGA